CUAAUUUUUAAUUUUUUUGACUUUUUAGGUACAUUUGAAGACUCUUCAGGGAUGUGUCACAACACGAGCUUUAAUCCAGUGGAUGAAUAUACUAUUAUAUAUUUAGAGAAAAAACAAAAUGGCGACCUCGUAAAUAUGUAUUUGAAUGAUCCCAUCUCUUAUUUGGACGAACUUACUAUCUGUGGAGAGGAGAGUCCAAGGCUAGCAGAAGGUCAACCAGUGCCUGAUUAUUUUGACGAAGUUUGUCCUUUUUUCGGAAAUGAAUGCAUCCGGUAUAACGAGCCUACAACAAAAGUCACAGAGGCCCCUACCACGCCGAGUCCGGAACCGGAAACUUCACCAGUAACACCCAAACCAACGACGGAGAAGGGAGUCCUUUACUCUGUCAAGCCUCAGGUGAAAGAUGGUGGAAACGGAGCCGGUAGAUUAGCAAACUCCUUGACAUCAAUAGUAGCCUUAACAACCAUUUUAGUCUCUCUGUUAGUUUGAAUAUUGAGAAUGUAGUGUUUAUCAAAUUAAUUAUUUCAAUCAUGACACAAUUCACCAUGCUAGAGGAAAGGUUCAGGAAAUUAAAAUGUAUUUUACUCAGUUGUCAAUGAGAUCCAAGACUCCUAGCUGUCAUUCCAAAUAUAUACAUCAUAGUACAUGUGCUAUAAUGAGCAGGGCGAUCGUGGCGCCUCUCAGCAUGUAAGCAAUUGAGCCUGAAUAAAGCUCCGUUUUUUCUAUUGAACACGACUUCCAUCAGAACUACCUCUGCGUCUUGUUGUGCGAUAGGUUUCUUGUUUAAAAAUGAAAGUCUUCCCUGAUGUUUAAUUGAACUUUACAUGGGCAACGGGAGAUAACUCUCAUUACAGUCAAACAUUUUAUGAAAAUGAAGUUUGUCAGAUUACGAUUAAAAUCCAUUUUGAUACACCACAUUGGUACGUACUUAGUUCAUAUUACCUUUAUACUGCACGAAUGCACCAAAAUGUUACAUAAACGCAAUUUGUUAAAAGAAUUGCAAUUAAAAUUAUUUUAAGAAAAAAUGCCAUUUGGGCCCUGUCUGUAGAUUUAAGGACAUACGCAAGGUACCUUACCUACUGAUAAUUUUUCAAGAUAUUCUAAAUUUAAACUUAUGAUACCAUUACAUGUUUCUAGACAGAAAAUCAGCAUGCGUUACCAGGGGUUUUGAAAAGGUAUCAAAUUGUGAAAAAAUUUGCAUUAUUCAAAGAAAAAUGUACAAAAAUUACAAAACAUAAAUUACAGAUUUUUUUUCAUCAAAAAUUGUUUUAGAAGAGUUGUACAAAUCCACAUAUAGACAAUAAAAAUACUGCACACAGGUCCUUCAUUUAAUGGAACUCUUCAACUCCAGGGAAGAAUCCAAUGAAGUUCUAACUACAUUGCGUAUGACCUUAAGAUCAUAAAAAAAGAGUUUCUUUCCCCCCUCUUUAUCAUGUAUUUUUUAUGGCAGCCUCUAUGUACACGUAUAAACUGUUGUGUUUGGUAAGGUGUGCUUUUGUUAUGAAGUGUUUUACAAUUAAUUUAUAUUUUAGCUUUUUAAUCAACAAAUUCUCGCCAUUCCAUUUCUCAAAGUACGGUGCUCGUAUUUUGUAGAUCUCUGGGAGUUUUUCUUCAGUAGCCCUAUUCCCCUUCCAUUUCUACAAUUUAAGAAUUGAGUUUAACUGCACAUUCAUCACAUAUCUGAUCAUAUGUAAUCAUUCUUUACUCGAGUAUAAUCGAAACGUCUCGGGCUAUUCAACAAGCGGAAAAACAGCCCCGAAUGUUUUACGAAGGCAUCUAUGACACAACCUUUUUCACAAACUGUAAUUAAAAUGUAGGACGGCCUCUCAUCUGAAGAGCUAGUCUAGAUCAAUACAACAUCACUUAGAAUAUACUUCAGAGGGGACAAUCAACUGUAUUUAUUGAAAAACUAAAAGAAAGAAAUUUCAUUUUUUAUUAAAUUUCAACAUCCGGUGACUUUAUUAUAUAAAUUCGCAAUCGCACAGGAAAGAUAUUUAAUCAUUUUAUUAAUACGAUUUUGUGAGUCCUCCCAAUAUUUUCCCUUUGAAUUGUGAACUACUGUCUGAAGCGACGAACAUUUAACAAGUUUCUGCUUUGAAAAAUUAUAUUAACAGAACGUUGUAACCAAAACCUAAAUGAAAAGAAGUAGGGUGCGUAUCAGUCGAAGAUUGCCGAUUGAGACAUUCUCGUUGUUUUUCUAACCUUGUCGAAAAGUCUCGAAAAGAAGAGAUUAUACAAGUUUAUUAAGGGAGAGUUUGAAUUGCGUAUGCUUAAUCAAGCCCAAAGACUUUAGUCAAAAGGUCGGAUCUUUGUGUUUCUUACAGAAUAGAACAUGUCUAAAAUACUAAAGCUAGUAUACAUUAAUAUGAAUCUCUUAGCAAUAAAGCAAUCUUUCGCCUUGGAAUAGGAAAUUGUUUUUCCUUCACAAAUUAUCUGCAAGGUAGUUAGAAUGAUUUGCAUACAUGCAUGUAUCUUGAUUUAUUUUUCAUGUGUUCAUUAUAACGUAAUCAAACUGAGCAUUUUGUAUGUUUUUUCUGGGUAUGCAAUGUGUAUAUUUUUUAAAUAUUGGAGAGAGAUUUUCUUCUUCUUUUUUUGUUUUAAACCGUGUAUUUUUUCCGUUGAGAUUCUGUUUAGACUUAUGUUUUAUGUAUAGUUUGCUCAAAUAAUAUAGCAGUCAUAAUCGUGAUUAAUAAAUAAGACAAUUUUUUUUUAUAUCGGAAGAAUAAUACAGAGAGAACUGGAUCAUAAUACCGGUAACUGGUAAUCCAAGUAAUUUAGCAAAGUAUUUUUUAUUCGUAUAAGUAAAAAAUUAAAUAGCAAUUUUAUCAAACUUUUAUAUACAGGUAUACUUAUAUACAGGUAUACUUAUAUACAGGUAUUCUAGAGAUAUUUCUUUUAUACUGUCCGACAUUUUAAAUACAUUUUCAUUUGCAUCCCGAAAGAUAUUUUAUAUGAAUGUAAGCUUUCUUUAAACAAUGAGAGCACUUUUAUGCAUUUAAAUCAUUGAAAACAAAAGUUGUAUUGUAUUCAACAAAGAGCAAUAGUGCUAAUUAUAAUUAGAUUUUUAUAGAAAUUAUCCAGUUAAAGUUUUAUCUUUUAUCUAUUGUGUUUUUCAAUUUCAAUAUUUGUACAUAUUCCAGAUUCGAUAUCUUUUUGCCGUACAAUGUGUGGGUAUUUGCUUGAAUGUAUGUACUUUGCUAUAUUUGCUGACGUUUGAUGUACAUGUGUAUGUUUUGUAUAUCAAAAUAAAACAUGCUCGCUAAAGUA